AUGUCAAGUGAAGAAUGUUCAGCUUCAGGCGUAUUACCUUAUCUAUAUAAAAAUGGUGUAUUAUAUUUCAUGUUAGGAUUGGAAGGCAGAGGAUUGAGUGACUUUGGUGGAUUUUCAGAUCAUAAUGAGACUGCAUUCGAUAAUGCAUCAAGAGAAUUUAGUGAAGAAACAAUGGGAUUAUUCUGUUUAACACAUGAACUUAGAGGAAAUAAACAAGGUGUAAUAAGAAGCAGUGCAAUAAUGAAGACAAUCAUAUCGUCGAUCGGUCUGCAUGAUUUGCUGGUGAAGAAAGUGAUCAAUCCGAGCAAUCGAUAUCAGAUGUAUAUAGCGCCGGUAGCGAGAUGGGUACUACCAGAGGAAUUCGAGAGAACCAGUGACGUGAACGAUAAGAGAGCGUUUGCCGAGCGAAUAAGAUGCGUCGAGAAACAAAAGAUUGCAUGGUUCAACGCCGACGAACUACUCGAUUCACUCAAUGAGUUUUCACCCAGUCUCAAAGUCGAUGGUUUCACAGAGAAGGUUUUCACACAGUUUAGAAGGACAUUGUUACACCGUGAUUCACUUGAAUUCAUAAAGUUCCUACAACGACAAGAUCCAACCAUACAAACUCAACUAAUAAAUCAAUUUUGGAUAGAUUCAUAA